CUCUCUUUAUAUGUACCCCCCACUCUAGCUUCAGCUCGAAUUCGAAGGCCGAAGCUCUCGGGAUGGAACUCCUGGAAAUGCCCCUGGUGCUCCGCCUCCAGUCCCUCCCCGCCGCCGCCGCCGGCGGCGGCUCCCUUUGGGCCUGCCUCGCCGUUCUCGCGGCCGCCCUCGGCCUCUGGCGCAUCCGCGCAGUCGGAUCCCGAGCUGAGGCUUCUCUCCCCCCUCCCACCCCACCUCCCAAGCUCGGCCCCGCCGAGCCGGCCCAAGCCCCGGCACCCGCUCCGGCUCCGGCACCCCCGCAGUGCCACGUGGAGGACAUCAGCACGCCGAAAGCCCGGUUCACGGCAUACUACGACUCCUGCGACCGGCUCGACGUGGAGGAUGACGGCGACGACGAGGCGGAGGUGGAUAGCGGUCGAGAGGUAGACGGCGUCAGUGACGGUAGAGCUCCUUUGACGGCGCCGUGGGAGGGAUUUGGAUGGGAGGGGUUGAUGGUUAGGAGGAGAGGGGACCUGGGGUGGUACCGUUACCAGGACCUCACGGCGCUUAACGGCAGCGUCGUCAGGCUGUGGGACGGCAACGGCGUUCUGACAGCGACGUCACGGAGGACGUCAUUGAUAGGAUCGUAGUGACGUAAUGGGGAAUUUAGAAAAAAAUUUGUUUUGUUAUAUGUGCAUAAUUAUUAUAAUUAUAAUUUUCUUUUCCUUUGUAAGCUUGUAACCUGCUACCAAAUUAUUGGUGGUAGGGCACAAAAGGAAUUUACUCAAUUCCUCUCCACUUCAAUAAAAAGUGAAAUAAAAUUCUUCAAAAAUUCAAAGAUGUUGAAAUGAAAA